AUGUUAUCCUUAAACUCAACUGCAUCGGAAUGUCCUAGCGGUUAUUACUUAUGUUCAUCAGGAAUAGUAUGUUGCCCCACGGGUGCAUCUUGCCUCCCUAACUAUAAAUGCAACAUUCCUUGCACCUCUCAAGAUAUACCUUGCGGUACAGGUUGUUGCCUUAGCACUCAAUCUUGUGGCUCAGAUGGAUUGUGCCAUGCAUUAUCGAAUCCUAAUCCUAACUCCAAUACAUACAAUCCUUACACGUACGAAACGGACUCUCCAACGGACUCUCCAGCGGACUAUUAUACCACGAAAACUACAAGCACUACGAGCACCACAAAAACUACUAGCACCACGAGCACAACAAGUACCACGAGCACUACGGGUAUUACAAAAACUACGAACAAUCCGACCAUCACAGGCCCCGGUGGUUUUAUUAGCAACGGAAAUAUAGUCAAUUGUAAUAGUGUUUUAGCAAUAGCAAUUCUGUUCAUUCAAGUUUAUUUGGAUUUAAUGUAA